AUAUUUCCAAAGAGUUGGCAGCACUGGUUCUACGGUUCACAUGUGCUCCGCGUUAAAUUAAAUUGUUUUUAAAUUUUUGAAUUAAAAUGGGUACAAAAAAGGUAAAAAUCAGCGCGGUGAAACGAGCGGCACACUUAAAGUCGAAAAAGACGCCGCUGACCAAACAACAACAGCAAAAACAGAAACAAAAACGUGAUCAAUUGAGCUCAAAACGUGAACAAGGGCAAAAUAUAUUCUCACAGAAGGCCAGGAAAAAGGAUAAUUUGGCACAGCGGAAGAAAUAUAAUAAAUUAGCAUCUCUGGGUUUAAAAGACCACGAAGAUGAUGAUGAUGAUGAAUUCGGAGGAGGAACUGAACAAAUGCUGGACAAUGUGGCCGAUAUGUUGGAUGGCGAUGAUUUGGCUUUGUUGAAUGAGAUAAAACGCAAAAGGAAAGUCAAAAAUGUGGAAGAUCAUGUGCAACAAGAGCGAUCCAUUGGCUUGGAAAUGGAUUAUGCCAAGGCCAGCAAACAGGAAGAACUAACGCAGAAAAUUCGAGUGAAUCUCUUGCCCAUUAAAUCCCGAGAGGGUGAGAUUAUAACGCGAUCAACUGAAGUGGACUAUGUUAGUCAACCGAAAAAGAAAAGAUUGGAAGAUGAAGAGGAGCAAGAGGAAGAAGAUGACGAUGAGGAUCAGCCAUCUGCUUAUGAGGACAGCGAUGAUGAUGUGGUCAAUGAUGUCGACGGUGCAGGAACAACAGUUCCGAGCAAGAAAAAACUUAUAUCCACUACAGAUUUGCUAAUAGCCCGUCAACAGGAGAUUGAACGACAGAAAUAUCGGAUUGGUAUCAUUUGUUCUGGUCUAAUGGAGAAACCCGAAGAUAAAAUGCGCAAUUUUCAUGCCCUCUACGAUCUAAUGGAGGAAAAGAAUGCAGGCUCUGUCAAUCUUCUAGUAGUACGCAAAUUGGCUAUGGUAUCCAUUACGGAAAUUUUCAAGGAUAUUUUACCAGAAUAUCGUGUGGGCCAAGUGGAUACCAAAAUGCAAACAGUACGAAAAGCUACUCUACAGCGAGUCACAUUUGAGAAUGCUCUGCUCCAGCAAUUUAAGAAAUUCCUACAAAAAUUAGAGAAACUUACGGCUGAUGUCAAUAAGCGCGGUGGCAAACGAACUCCACAAUCGGUGAAAUUGGCCGUUGUGGCUGUACAAUGUCUGAGCGAGUUAUUGUUGGCUCAUCCAUAUUUCAAUUAUGUUCAGAAUAUAGCCCAAUUACUGGUCUAUAUGUUGAAUUGCAACUAUCAUUCAAUACGAAGCAUUGUCAAUCAGACAUUUCGCUCACUCUUUGCCACAGAUAAGCGCCUGGAGAUGACUCUGUUUGUGGUGCGUCGGAUUAAUCACUUGAUCAAGACCAAACAGAAUAAUGUCCAUGUGGAGUGUAUCACUUGCCUAAUGAGUUUGAAGAUCAAGAAUGUGAAUUUGGAUGCCGAAAAGGAGAAUGAGUUGAAGCAAAAGAAAUUAGAGAAUCAUCGUCAACGUUUGCUGAGUCUCUCCAAAAAGGAGAGAAAACGUCGGAAAAAGUUAACCGAAGUUAACAAAGAGCUAGAGGAGACUCGCGCCGAGGAGAAUAAGCAAACCAAACUCCAUAAGAUGACCGAAAUCAUUAAAAUGGUGUUUACCAUAUAUUUUCGUAUUCUAAAGAAUGAUCCUACAUCGCGAGUGUUGAGUGCCAUUUUAGAAGGAUUGGCCGAGUUUGCCCAUGUUAUUAAUUUGGAGUUCUUUGCCGAUCUUAUUGAUGUUCUUAAUCGCAUUCUGGAGGAUCAGCCUGAAUUGGGUUAUCGUGAACAAUUGCAUUGCAUUCAAACGAUUUUCGUUAUCCUGUCCGGACAGGGUGAAGUCUUGAACAUCGAUCCCAUUCGUUUCUAUCAGCACUUUUAUCGCAAUAUGUUGGUUGUGAAUGCGGGUAAAAAUCAUGAAGAUUUCGCUAUUAUACUGCGAACUUUGGAUGAAGUUCUGGUCAAGCGUAGGCGCAAUAUGAGCCAACAGCGGCUGAUGGCAUUUGUCAAGCGACUGCUGACCGGAAGUUUACAUCUACUUCAUCACGGGGCACUGGCCACUCUGGGAACGAUCAAGCAAACCUUCCAGCUUACCUCAGUCUUGGAUGCUUUGCUUGAUACGGAUGCCAGUAUUGGGUCGGGACGUUAUGAUCCUGAAUUGGACGACCCUGAAUAUUGCAAUGCGGCCAGUACGGCUCUGUAUGAGUUGUCUCUGCUGAUGCGUCACUAUCAUCCCACAGUGCGCAGAAUGGCCAAUCACAUUGCUAAUGGUGUCCCAGCAUCUGGUGAAGGAGCAUUGCCCACUGACAUAGGCAAACUAAAUGCACACGACUUAUUCGCUCAAUAUGACAGCACCCAAAUGGCCUUUAAUCCAACCAUACCACUACCUAAAUCGGGUGAACCCAAACUCAAACGGGGUAAAGAAAUGUAUCUGCAGUCUGACUUUAAACAGGAAUAUAAGAAAUUGUUAAAAGAUGCCAAAGUUAAGACAUCGAAACAAGGUUUGCAGUUGGAUUUUCUAAGUGCGCUGAAAUAAAAUUAAAAAUUCAUAACAACCCAUCUUGUAUAAAUUAGAAUUGACAGAUCCAGAAUUUAGCUUUAUACCAUAUUAAAACCGAUGUAAAAAAGAAACCAACUUGAUUCCAAGUUAAACUCGAAAUGUUUUAUACAUACAUAUAUUUAUAUAAACGAAGAAUUGGUUGAAAUUAUAUACUAACUAAUACUGGAAAAGAG